CGGGCCAGCGCUUAUUAUUACGUAUAUCACGUAUAUCCACCAUCAAUGAAUUGACCCAUUCCAGGCAGCCUAGACGGGAUAGUUUCACGAAUGUGCCAUACAGCUAUGAUCUGGGACACCAAGACGCAUCCCGAACUAUCUGGUUCCCUUUGAUGCACAGCAUCUUCAAUUCAUUCACUUCGUCCGCUAUUGUCGUCAUCACUUUAUAUCAUUCUUUACAUUGAUUGCCAUCGUCAGCUUAGCUUACCAAUAAGCAAUCAUGAAUACCCGUCCAGUUAUCGAAACUCCCAGCGAGCAUGCUGCUCUUUCUGUCACCUUCAACAGCGACGCAAGUCGAUUUGUUGUUGGUUUAGAUUCUGGAUUUUGCAUUUUCCUAUCUAAUUCUAGCCAAAUACAAACCGCAAGAGUUUUCAAUGCGGGCCUCGGACUUGUCCAAAUGAUGGGGAAUGCUAAUUACCUUGCUCUCGUGGGUGGAGGCCGUUCACCCAAAUUCCCACAGAACAAAGUCAUAAUAUGGGAUGAUAGCAAGGGUAAAAUAGCUCUUGAGUUGGCGACUCUUACUGCUGUUCGCGGUGUCCAAAUCUCUAAGUCGAGAAUUGCCGUGGUCCUGCAGAACAGCGUGCGUGUAUAUGCUUUUCAAAAGCCACCUCAGCCACUCGCGAGAUAUGAGACGGCAGACAAUUUCCUCGGACUUUGCUGUCUAACCGAGAAAUAUCUUGUUUUCCCCGGUAGGACAGCCGGCCAGGUUCAAGUCGUACAGCUAGCGACAGACAGUGUCAGCAUUAUCCCCGCACAUUCUUCCAGCUUGAGGGCGCUGCAGCUAAGUUCGGAUGGGGAAUUAUUAGCCACAGCAAGCGAGAAGGGCACGAUUGUUCGCAUUUUCUCCACAAGUAGUUGUGCAAAGCUCGGAGAGCGACGGCGCGGCAGCGAGUUUGCUACUAUAUAUUCGUUACGUUUCAGCCCAUCCGGAAACAUGCUGGCUUGUACCUCGGACAAGGGGAGCUUACAUAUUUUCGACGUCCCUAAUCCACGCAAAACUAGGCCAGUGUCACCAGCACCAAGCAGCGGCAGUUCCAGCGAGGCUAAGAAUAAAUGGGGUAUUUUAAGCAAUAUUCCAUUUGGCCCCUUUUCCGAUGUCUACUCAUUCACCUCUGCACCGUUCGAGACGGGUGAAGAGCCCCUCCUCCCUAGCCCCGCAAGCGCGAUAGCUCGAGGAGACAACACUGUAUUAGGCACUAGUAGGCCAAUGAAAGGUGUCAUCGGCUGGGUAGAUGAGGGGACCCUUGUGGUUGUCGGUGCUGGACAGGACGCAAGAUGGGAAAAAUUCGUACUCAAGGAGGAAGACGGUCGUACCGUUGUCGUUAGGGAAGGAUGGAAGAAAUAUCUCGGGAAUUAGGACGAGCUCAGGGAAUAUUACGAGCAGCCCGUAGAAUCAUGGUUGGUAGAUCCACAGAGUCGCGUUGGGGGUAUUGAUUCGAAUCGGCAUGGGAAUUCAGCACGGAGUAUAUGGUAUGGGAUC